CCCCGCGCUUGCGCACUCCCGCAAGGCUCGCGCAGGUGCCCUGGCCUCUCUCUUCCUCUAGAGCCCGGCCGGAACCAAGGCUCCGGCGCCUCUCCGGAGCCUGGGGUUGGCUUGGCUCGCCAUGCGUUGGGGGCUGCGCCCUCGCGGGCCGGGGGCAGCGGCCCUGGCCGUGGCCCGGAAUUUGUGGGUGCCGCCCCGCCUUCCUCGUCGGCCUGGCUGGCGAGGGGCGACGAGGAGGCUUUUGGUGCGGUCAGUCACCGGGGCCAGUAACCAGCUGCAGAAUUCGAGUAAUGGCAGCUAUCGGGACACGGUGUUGCUGCCGCAGACCAGCUUCCCCAUGAAGCUGCUGGGCCGCCAGCAGCCCGACACGGAGCUGGAGGUCCAGCAGAAAUGUGAAUUUUUGGAACUUUAUUCAUGGCAAAGAGAAAGAAAAGUGAAGACAGAGUUUUGUCUUCACGAUGGACCUCCUUAUGCAAAUGGUGACCCUCAUGUUGGACAUGCUUUAAAUAAGAUUUUGAAAGAUAUAGCCAACCGAUACCAUAUGAUGAGAGGUUCCAAAAUACAUUUUGUGCCAGGCUGGGAUUGUCAUGGGUUACCCAUUGAAAUAAAAGUAUUAUCAGAACUUGGUGGAAAAGCUCAGAAUCUUUCAGCUAUGGAAAUUAGAGAGAAAGCUAGAUCAUUCGCCAAAGCAGCAAUUGAGAAACAGAAAUCGGCAUUUAUUCGUUGGGGAAUAAUGGCAGAUUGGAAUAAUUGCUACUAUACAUUUGAUGGAAGAUAUGAAGCCAGACAGUUGAGAAUUUUCUACGAAAUGUAUGAUAAGGGCUUGAUUUAUCGAUCUUACAAACCUGUGUUUUGGUCUCCCUCAUCAAGGACUGCAUUGGCUGAAGCAGAACUUGAAUAUAAUCCAGAGCAUGUCAGUUGCUCAGUAUAUGUAAAAUUCCCUCUCUUGAAACCUUCUCCUAAGUUGGCAUCUCUUAUAGAUGGUUCAUCUCCUGUUAGUUUCUUAGUCUGGACCACCCAGCCUUGGACAAUUCCAGCCAAUCAGGCUGUUUGUUAUAUGCCAGAAUCAAAGUAUGCUUUUGUGAAGUGUUCCAAAUCUGGAGACUUCUACCUUUUAGCUGCAGAUAAAGUAACAUCUGUUGCUUCUACUUUGGAAACAACAUUUGAGGUUAUUUCAACAUUUUCAGGUGUUGACUUGGAAAAUGGUACUUGUGCUCAUCCUUUCAUUUCUGAGAGGGUGUCUCCUCUUUUACCUGCCAGUCAUGUGACCAUGACAAAAGGAACAGGGUUGGUUCACACAGCCCCAGCUCAUGGUAUGGAAGAUUACAGUGUAGCUUCUCAACACAACUUGCCCAUGGAUUGUUUAGUGAAUGAAGAUGGAGUUUUCACAGAUGCUGCAGGUCCUGAACUUCAAAACAAAGCUGUUCUUGAAGAGGGAACAGUUGCGGUUAUAAAGAUGCUUCAGGCUGCCAAGAAUUUGUUGAAAGAGGAGAAAUUGGUACACAGCUAUCCCUAUGACUGGAGGACUAAGAAACCAGUAGUUAUUCGUGCCAGCAAGCAGUGGUUUGUAAAUAUCACGGAUAUUAAGACUACAGCCAAGGAAUUGUUAAAAAAAGUGAAGUUUAUUCCUGGAUCAGCACUGAAUGCCAUGGUUGAAAUGAUGGACAGGCGGCCAUAUUGGUGUAUAUCAAGGCAAAGAGUUUGGGGUGUUCCAAUUCCUGUGUUUCAUCAUAAGACAAAAGAUGAAUUCUUGAUCAACAGCCAAACUAUUGAGCAUAUUAUUAAACUAGUGGAAGAACAUGGCAGUGAUAUCUGGUGGACUCUUCCCCCGGAGCAACUUCUUCCAAAAGAAGUCUUAUCUCAGGUUGGUGGUCCUGAUGCUUUGGAGUAUGUGCCUGGUCAGGAUAUUUUGGACAUCUGGUUUGACAGUGGAACUUCAUGGUCUUAUGUUCUUCCAGGUACUGACCAAAGAGCAGAUUUGUACUUGGAAGGAAAAGACCAGCUUGGGGGUUGGUUUCAGUCUUCCUUAUUAACAAGUGUGGCAGCAAGGAAUAAAUCACCUUUUAAGACAGUGGUUGUUCAUGGAUUUACCCUUGGAGAAAAGGGAGAAAAGAUGUCCAAGUCUCUCGGGAAUGUCAUUGAUCCUGAUGUUGUCAUCAAUGGAGGACAAGAUCAAAGCAAAGAGCCUCCCUAUGGUGCUGAUGUCCUUCGCUGGUGGGUCGCUGAGUCCAACGUCUUCACUGAAGUGAUAAUUAGUCCAUCUGUACUGAAUGCUGCCAGAGAUGACAUUAGCAAGCUUAGGAAUACACUCCGCUUUCUUUUGGGAAAUGUGGCUGGUUUCAACCCAGAAACAGAUUCUGUCCCUGUUAACAAUAUGUAUGUCAUAGACCAGUAUAUGCUACACUUACUGCAGGAUUUAGCAAACAAGAUUACCGAUUCAUAUAAGCAAUAUGACUUUGGAAAAGUUGUUCGGCUAUUACGAGCAUUUUAUACCAGAGAACUCUCCAGCUUUUAUUUCAGCGUAAUCAAAGAUAGGCUUUAUUGUGAAAAUGCAGAUGAUCCCAAACGACGCUCUUGUCAGACUGCAUUAGCCGAAAUUUUGGAUGUAAUGGUUCGUUCUUUUGCUCCCAUUCUUCCUCACUUGGCUGAAGAGGUAUUCCAGUACAUACCUUACCUCAAAGAACCCAAGAGUGUUUUUCGUACUGGCUGGAUUAGAACCAGUUCUGUCUGGAAGAAGCCGGGGCUGGAGGAAGCAGUGGAGAGCGCGUGUGCGAUGAGAGACUCGUUUCUCGGAAGCAUCCCUGGCAGAAAUGCCGCUGAGUACGAGGUCAUCAUUGUGAUCGAGCCGGGACUGCUUUUUGAGAUAAUAGAAAUGCUACAGGCUGAGGAGACUUCCAGCACCUCUCAGCUGAAUGAAUUAAUGAUGGCGUCCCAGACGACUCUGCUCUCUCAGGAACCACGAGCAGUAGCUGCAGAUGUAACUGAGCUUAAAGGGACAUUUCUAAUCAACCUAGAAGGUGGUGAUAUUCGUGAAGAGUCUUCAUAUAAAGUAAUCGUCAUGCCAACUACCAAGGAAAAAUGCCCUCGCUGUUGGAAGUACACUGCCGAGUCAUCAGACACACUCUGUCCGCGAUGCGCAGAAGUUGUGAGAGGGAAGUAAUACCUCACGGUGUGUUGAGGGCUUUCUGAGCAAGAACUUCCUGACGGGACUGCCUGGGGGUUUAGGUGGAUUGUUCACAGCACUGGAAAGAAAUCCAAGAUUUAGGUAAUGAGUGGAAGAGUAAAUGGUAGAGGAUGAAAGUCAGAGUUACAGCUACAAGUUUUUUUCUGCAACUAAAUAAAAAAUAAUGUGUAUAUAUACACGUGGAAAAAUAUACCUAUGCAGAUGGAUCCAUAAUGGACUUCCUCAGAACAUAGACACUGAAAAUGCCUACAAAUGUGGCUCAGCAGAAAAUGUUUUAUAUUUUAUCAUCAAUCUUCUGGACUCAGUAUUUAAGUUCUAUAAUGUCUAAAAAUAAAGGCACCUGGGAAAUUA